AUGGACAUCACCUCCCUGUCGCUGGUUCUUCUGGGCUUCGCGGUGCUGCCGCCGUCGUUCAGCAUCAUCGUCCUCUUCCUCCGGGGAUUCGUUUCGUCGGCGGUGUCCAUCUACAGAAUUCCGGCGAGAGCCCACCUCCUGUGGCUGCCGGACUCGCCCUUCCUUCGCCACCAGUCGGCCUGCCCCGCGGCGGGCUGCUCCCCCGACCCGGUGGCGCUCCACUGCAUGGAGACCCUCCCGGUGGCGCGCCGCCGCUCCAAGGCGGAACCGGUGGCGUGCGCCUUUUGUCUCGCCGCCGUCGAAGAAGGCGACGAAGUGCGGGAGCUGCGCUGUGAGCACCUCUUCCACCGCGACUGCCUCGACCGGUGGCUCUGCCACCGCCGGCGGACCUGCCCCCUCUGCCGCGGCUCUCUUCUGCCGUGA